AUGUCUGUGGCUGACCUAACCACAUCCCCUGUUACUUCUACAUAUACAAAGACAAGCAGUCGCUUACACUCUCCACAGCUUUCUCUCUCAUCAACCCGUCUCUCUGUUCACUUUAGUCGCUCGCCUAGACCUAACCCUCGAGCCCAAAACUUCAAGAUCACUUGCUCUGUCAAUCAAGUUCCAGCCCCAGUUGCAGUUCAGACUGAAGAAGCCAAAAGCAAGUCUGAAUGCUUUGGUGUUUUCUGCCAAACAUAUGAUCUCAAAGCUGAAGAGGAGACAAAAUCAUGGAAGAAAUUAAUUAAUGUAGCGGUUUCAGGUGCUGCUGGGAUGAUAUCUAAUCACUUACUUUUUAAACUUGCAUCUGGUGAGGUUUUUGGCCCAGAUCAGCCAAUUGCGUUGAAACUACUUGGAUCUGAAAGAUCAUUCCAAGCUCUUGAAGGGGUAGCAAUGGAACUUGAGGAUUCCUUGUAUCCAUUGUUGAGGGAGGUGAGUAUCGGAAUAAAUCCUUAUGAGGUGUUCGAAGAUGUAGAAUGGGCUCUUCUGAUAGGAGCAAAGCCGCGAGGGCCUGGGAUGGAACGUGCUGGCUUAUUAGAUAUCAACGGGCAGAUUUUUGCUGAGCAGGGAAAGGCUCUCAAUGCUGUUGCGUCUCGUAAUGUCAAGGUGAUAGUAGUUGGCAACCCUUGUAACACCAAUGCAUUAAUUUGUUUGAAAAAUGCUCCAAACAUACCUGCAAAGAAUUUUCAUGCUUUAACAAGGUUGGAUGAGAAUAGGGCAAAAUGCCAGCUUGCCUUGAAAGCAGGUGUUUUCUAUGACAAAGUGUCAAAUAUGACGAUAUGGGGCAAUCACUCAACCACUCAGGUUCCGGACUUUCUAAAUGCUAGAAUCAAUGGUAUACCUGUCAAGGAGGUUAUCAAGGAUCACAAGUGGUUAGAGGAAGAGUUCACCGAGAAGGUUCAGAAGAGAGGUGGAGUGCUGAUUCAGAAAUGGGGACGGUCUUCAGCUGCAUCAACUGCUGUGUCGAUUGCUGAUGCCAUGAAGUCCCUAGUAACUCCCACCCCUGAGGGUGAUUGGUUUUCUUCUGGAGUUUAUACCAGUGGGAAUCCUUAUGGUAUAGCACAGGAUAUAGUUUUCAGCAUGCCUUGUAGAUCAAAAGGAGACGGUGACUAUGAACUCGUCAAGGACGUUACAUUUGAUGAGUAUCUUCUCAAGAGAAUUGCUAAGUCUGAAGCUGAAUUGCUAGCUGAGAAGAGAUGUGUGGCCCACCUCACAGGAGAGGGUGUUGCAUUCUGUGAUCUACCAGAAGACACGAUGCUUCCUGGGGAAAUGUAAUAAAAGUCGCUCACAGUUCUUGCUUGCUGGAAUUCUUCUUACAGCUACUGAAAUGGAGCUCGUGGAAUAGAAACCAGAUGAUGUAAUUAGAUCGUUACUCAAAAUGAUCCGGCACAGCCUUAGCUGGUAAUACCUCGUAGUAUGUCCAGUUUGUAACUUUUAGUUUACAAAUCAUUGCUGUUGUUGGGUCUUGAAGAUCCGAUGGUCAUUGCAAGAUGUACUUUAAUAUUUCCUUUAUUGAUAUAGAUACUUGUGCUUCUACAA